UACAUGGCAUUUCUAAGACUUGGCUCCAAAUCUGAGGCCUUCCGUCGUGAAGGCCAAGCUUGGCAUUGCACAUCAGGCCUUCCCAGUGAUGUUACAAUUGAAAUUGGAGAAAUGUCCUUUUAUCUACACAAGUUCCCAUUGAUAUCAAGAUGUGGACUACUAGCAAAGCUAGUUAAAGAUUCAUCAAACGACGACGUAUCAGUUAGCGUCCUGCAGCUCAAUGACAUACCUGGUGGUGCUAAAGCAUUUGAGCUAGUAGCCAAAUUCUGUUAUGGUGUCAAAAUAGAAAUCACUCCUUUGAAUAUAGUGAGCCUUAGAUGUGCAUCAGAGUAUCUGCAAAUGACAGAUGAAUAUGGUGAGACAAAUCUCAUUGCACAAACAGAAUCUUUUCUUAACGACGUUUUUGGGAAUUGGACAGAUACUAUAAAAGCUCUUGAAACAUGUGAAGAAGUUCUACCACAUGCUGAAGAGCUUCAUAUUGUGUCCAGAUGCAUAAAUUCCUUAGCAAUGAAAGCUUGUACCGAUACGAAGUUGUUUAACUGGCCUGUGUCUGAAAAUGGUCAUGAGGAUACCACAGACGCGGAGGUGUGGAAUGGUAUAUGCACGGGAUCCAAGACACAGCCGAUGACAGAUGAUUGGUGGUAUGAAGAUGUGUCGUUCCUUAGCUUACCUCUGUAUAAACGGUUGAUUCAGGCAGUUGAAGCCGGAGGAAUGAGGCCGGAAAAUGUAGCAGGUGCAGUUGUGUUUUAUGCAAAGAAAUAUAUUCCUUUGAUGAAUAGACAAGCAAGUUUCAAGGAUGCUACUAGCCAUACUAAUAAAUCAGGAUCAACAAUUUCAACUCCAUCAGAAGCAGACCAAAGGGCACUUUUAGAGGAGAUAAUGGAGUUGUUGCCUAAUCAGAAAGGAGUAACAGACACCAGGUUUCUUCUUAGGCUGCUCCGUAGCGCUAUGAUGCUACAAGCAAGUCCAUCUUGCAGGGAGAAUUUGGAGAGAAGAGUGGGAUUGCAGUUAGAUCAAGCUGCACUAGAUGACUUGUUGAUACCAAAUAUGGGAUAUUCAGUAGAAACUUUAUAUGACAUAGACUGUUUUCAGAGAAUUUUGGAUCAUUUUAUGUCAAUAGACCAGGCUUCUUCUGCACCAUCUCCAUGUAUUAUGGAAGAAAACCAAUUGAUGGAAGGUUCAACUUCCUUGACUUCGCUAACAAGGGUAGCAAAUCUAGUGGAUUCAUAUCUUUCUGAGGUCGCGCCUGAUGUUAAUUACAAGUUCCCUAAAUUUCAGUCUCUUGCUGCUACAAUCCCGGAUUUUGCAAGGCCACUUACUGAUGGUAUCUAUCGUGCAAUUGAUAUAUAUUUGAAGGCACAUCCUUGGCUCACAGACUCAGAAAGAGAGCAAAUCUGCAGACUAAUGAAUUGCCAGAAGCUCUCGUUGGAAGCUUGCACACACGCUGCUCAAAACGAGAGGCUACCUCUUAGGGUCAUAGUUCAAGUCUUGUUCUUUGAACAACUUCGACUACGGACAUCAAUAUCAGGAUUGUUCUUUGUCUCAGAUAAUCUUGACAACUCCCAAAGUACUACUCUUCAUGGAGGGAACCGGAACACAAACACAGCAAAUGGAAGAGGAUCAAGUAUCGAUGACAUGAGGGAGCGUGUUGCAGAACUAGAAAAAGAGUGUAACAGCAUGAAACAGGAGUUUAAAAAGGUGGUAAAAACAAAGAAAAAGUGGAAUGUGUUUUGUGGAAGAAAAUCUGAGUGUGACUUGAAUUCAGUAAAUCCCAGCAAGUUACAACCUCAACAUGUUAAUGAGCGUAAAAAUCAAAAGAAUGGAAGCUCAAGAUGAAGG